GUUUGUUUUGGGUUCUUCUUCGUGGCGGGAAGGUCUAAUACGAGGUUAGCAAACUGUACGGUGGAAUUUUUAAAUUAUUUUUUAGUUUAAUCUAUGUUCUUUCUAUGCAUGGAGGUGUUCAUGUCAUAGGCAGGUGAGAUACUGCGACCAUGCCGUCCACUCAGCAGGACGUGGUUCAAUCCACCAUCUCCCCUGUUCUCUUCAUGACCACAGAUGGUGAAGCCAUGUGCUUCUACCUGCGGCCAGGUCCUGCCAAACGCAGGAUGCAGCCGCUCAUCACUGCUGGCGGAGGCCUGAUGUGCAGUGUCCAGCAGCCAGGAGCAAUCCUGCUGCUCGACCCCGAGGACAGAGGCUCUGUUUCUGAAACCACUGCUCACUGGUAUGUGUCCACAAAGUAUGUUUAUGACUGUAUUGAGAAGGAAGAACAGCUAAAUUUAGAGCACUACAGGUUAAAUCCUGAAGUGGGUCCAAGACACUCUCCAAGGCUCAGCAACAAGGACGGCUCACAUGGACUCUCAGGAGGCAGGGUAGCCUACAGCCCUGAGGAAGAUGCUGCCAUUUUGAGUUAUGUCAGCCAGCGCAAGACAGAGACUGGGGGAAACCGACUGUGGCAGGAGAUGGAGAAGCAGCAUGUAACCAGUCACAGCUGGCAGUCAAUGAAAUACCGUUACAGAACUCAACUGGCUAAGAUUCAAUCUGAGCCUGAGAAGACAAAAAGUGCAGAGGAAGAGAACAAGGAUAAGGAAAAUCUAGAAACAUUUCAGAAGCCGUCCUGUGAGGAAGAUGCGGUGCCUCCACAGUUACCAGAAGUCAAACCUUCAGCAGAAAAUGACCUAACACAGGUGAUGGAUCAGCCCAUUCUAGCUAAAAGUGUAGAAGCUCAAACACUGAACUCGUCUGACGUUGAAGUGCAACAUGUGAACCCAAAGAAUGACGUCCCAACAGCUGAAGACACUGAAGUAGUAACUACAGAUCUAGUAACACCUGCCACUCCACAGCCUGAGGGGUCAUGUUUGUUUGCAGAGACAGAUGUGCAUCCAAUUUCCCCUGACAGCAUAGAUGCAUCAGCUGUCGCUCUACACAACGAGGACUCUGCUCAGCCUCUGCCUCACACUCCUUCAAUAAAGAGAAAAGUGAAGCAGAUGGUCUCGUCUACAAUGCAAGAGCUGCAGCGCCGAGUAACACGCCGGCAGUGCGAGCUUGAGGCGUUAUCAUCAUCUGAACCAUACGGGAAAAAACUGAGAUCAUCAUCAAAUUCUGCUGAGAAAUCGUCAUCUACUCUUCAGACCCCAAAGAAAACAAAAACACCUGUGAAGUCUGCACAUAAAGAAGACCCAACAGUAGGCGAGCCACUUUCUAAGAGAGCCAGAGGGGAGAGUGUGACUGCAGCAGUGGAGAGUCAUCAAGAGGAGAGUGAAGAAGCUGCUAUCUCUGAAACACCACAAACAGAUGAAGAAUCUACAUCAUUGCCUCAUAAAGCAGAGAAGAAAAAAGAAAAGAGAAAGUUGGGGAUCCUUGAGCUGGCUACAAGGGAGUUUGAAGAUGAAAGUGAGUCUGGUGAAGAUGAGGCUCCAGAUCUCCAAAUCACAGUUGAAAGGGUCACUAUUCAACCCACUUCAACAGAACCCUGCCUUCCAUCUUCAGACAUGACUGCAGAUGCUUCCCCAACACGGUCAAUUGCCGAGUCUGAACCCAGCCUCCAGAGCAAUGCUCACAAUGCCCAGGCUGCCAGCAGCAACCACAUCUCUAAGAUGGACUCUACCAAACCUGAAGCGGCUGUCCACGUAGCCUCCAGGGCCCAUCUGUUUAUAUUUGAUAAUGACUCUCAGGAAGAUGACUCUCAGUCCCUUAUUAGUGACGAUACAGCGGCUGCAGCUCAAGCUGUUGGGAAUGAAAACACUGCACCUUCACUGACUCAGGCUCAGUUAGAGGAGGAUGUGCAACAAAUCAAAAACUUAAUGAACCAGACAAACCAGGACUUGGUUAGUGUGACCAAGGCCCUGUUGAAGACCAGUGGAGACAUCUCUGCUGCCCUGAAGCUUCUGUCAGAUCCGCCCUCGUUUUCAGGACCACUUUGGAAUCACAAUGACGACAGUCUUCUGCUCUCAGGAGAUCCUAACGCCCGGCAGCAGCUGCAGGAGAAAUACGGUGAGGAGAACUUGGCCAAAAGAGUGAUGUUUCUGGAGGUUGAGGGGUGAAUAUGCAGUAGCAUUUCAAAUGCUCUCAACUGUUCUGUCUCUUCCUUUAUUGCUUUUUAUUACUGAUGAAUCUAGAUCUUACCAAAAUAUUUUAUCAUAUGAUGUUUUUAUGUCUUUAGUGUAUAACAACUAAAUUAAUGGUUUUAUACAGAAUUUUCUUCCUUCUAAUAUAAAGGUGGAAUGUAUAAAAUGUGUCUCAUUCAAAAUAUAGUGAUGCAGUCUUAGUUCAUACAUGCACUGUAUCCACUGUACUGUAUUCAUGUGUUGGCUUGGUUUGAAUUGAAUUAUUAAUAAAACUAAAUAAAAUCAA